AUGAAGCAGGAUUUCCUCGACAUCCCCGAGCUAGUGGCUCACUUGUCCUCAUACCUCAGCCCUGCCGAUCUCCUUUCCUGCGUCCAGCUCAACAGCACGUGGAAUAAAACCUUCAUCCCUGUCCUCUGGCGAUCCAUCGACGACUCGGCUCAAUCCUGGGGCGACACUCUCCUUCAAAUCACCGACCCACGUCCACAACCGCCACCCCCAGCAGCAAUUAGUGCAGUAACAGUAGUAACAACGGCAACCGCACCAAGCAGCUUUCCCUUUCGUGGGCGUUUCUUCGAUACCCACAAGUCCUGCGUUCACGACUCGGAUCUCAUCAAGGACCGCGGCUGGCUGUUCGCCAUCUUUGAGAAAUACGGCCACCACAUCCGAGAAUUCAAGAUCAGCCAUACUCUGGUCCUCGAGGCGGCCAGUCGAAAGGAGACCUGCACCAGUUUGCACACUUUGGUUCUCGACUUGAAUCAGAAUGCAGUAGGGCCGCGUUUGGAGUACCUGCCUCUUCCUCCCGGACUCGGUGCAGUUGUUUAUCAUCCUGGCUGGGGCACUGCUCCUGCUUUGGAACCAAUUACUUCUGUUGGGGUAUUCGAAGGUGCUCCUUCAUUUGCUGUCGGAGGGUUUGGUGCUGCUCCUGCCGAUGUUCCAGAUGCUGCCGCUGGAGGACUCGGGGUCGCACCUGCUGUUGCACUUGCUGGCACUGGCGGAUUCAGAGCUGCUCCCAUCUUGCGAGUUCCAAACCCCUCUCAAGAACGCGACGUUGAACUCUCCGAGCCAUUGUUUCCAGGCCAUCUAAAACUGGCCGACUUUAGAACAACAUCGCUCUAUGAAAACGUCACCCCCGAGUCGAAGAUGGCAAAUAUGGAGCAUAUCUGGACUCUCACCCAACAUACCUGGCAUCUGAUCCGGGUCAACCCAGGACUACAUCUCAAGGACCUCGAUGGCAAUCAGCACCUGUUUGGGCGCAUCGAGUUUUGGAAGCUAUGGGAUGCGCUUCCAGCAGAGUUCGAGUCCCUUUCGUUCCAGAAUUUGUCCUCGCCGACUGUCUUCCCCCUGCCUGAGUCACUGCCAGGGGCCAGCACGAGCUUGAAGGUCCUACGGGCUGGAGGAAUAACUACUGUCAAUGGAUUGCUCACGCUGCUUGGCAUCUUCCCCAACCUGUCGCAACUUUCACUGUGGAAGAUUGAGGAGAACCCGAGAUACACGUCGAGUCCAAACUACAUCCCGCUGCCGCCAGCGCCGUUCGGUGGGCAGUCUCUUAGGGAACUCGAAGGCAUCGUGGAGGAUUGGGACACUGUCUUUCGUUAUAUCCCAAGCAUUGUGAUGUGGGAGAUUGGGAACGAGUGUCUCCGAGAGGAUGUGGCGUUGCUUUUGAAGGACCGCUGCUUAAACUGGGAGACGUUCAGAGCUUUUCCGCCUUGUUUCAUCGACGAGAGAUAUAUCCGAGAUAUGCAAUAUAUGCCAGGAAUACGAGGCAACGACCCAACUAACCAGUUCCUGAUCACUCACCGCCACCUUCGCGAGUUUGACAGCAUCAGGAACUUUAUCAAGGUCGACGAGAUGCUGAGGGAGCCUUGGACCUGCAUGGGACUGGAGUGGUUGACUUGCAGAAUUGUCGGGUUGGAUCGAUUGACCCCUAUGGAGGAGGGAAUAGUGGCACGGAUCAUGGCGUCUGGAUACUCGGCUGACCUGUCAGAGGAGGAAACGGGAAUGGUCGAAAAGUUCAACAGAUGUCGCGCACAGCACCAUGGAGUCUACGAUAGGCUGGCCAGUCUGACGCGCCUCAAGCAUUUGGAUCUCGGAUACGAGAACCGGGACCCAUGGGAGUACAAGUCAGGGACAUCAGAAAAUUAUGUGGGCGAAGACGGAGAGGAGUAUCUGCGAUAUGAGCCACCGAUGUUUGAUACUUUGGAGCUGACGCUCGAGUCUGGGCUGGGUCGACUGGGUGCAUUGAAGAACCUGGAGAUGUUUGGAUUCGAGUGCCUCAACCACAAAAUUGGCAACACCGAGAUGGAUUGGAUGGCGAAGAGCUGGCCCAAGUUGAACUUGAUGUACGGCCUGGAUGACGAGCGGUUGUACAGGAUUGAGCAUGACAAGGAAAGGGUGGCAUUGAGGGAGUAUUUUACAAAGUUGCGACCCGAUGUUGUUCACGAUAGUUUAUUCCGUGACAUCUAG